UUAUUAUUGCAAUAUCUUACAUUACAUUACAUACAAAAAUUACCUACUACUUACAAUGUCAACAUAACUUACAAUUUAACGAUACUAACAAAACUUACAAUACUAACAUUAUUUACAAUUUUUAAUAUCUUACAUUACAAUUUGUUAAUAUCUUUCAUGUAAUGUAAUAAUGAUCCUCUUAUAUGAAUGUAAAUCUGGACAAUUUUUUUCAUAAUUUCUCAUCUGUAGCAUAGAUAAAGUUAACUUAACUCACAUUCCUACACUUUGUACUUUCACUGACGACAGGAAAGUUAUGUAACCAAGUUUAGAAAACCAAACAGGUCAUAAAUGUUGUAAGAGAAAAUAAAGAGUCUGGAGUUUCAACUGGUUGGAAUUUAUAGUUAAAUAAAUUAAAUUAAUUUACUGAAAAAAAAAAUAUUUUGAAUCUGUGUACAAGAAGACAAAUAAUAACUCUUAAGAAAGAGGAAGUACCACUGUUGGUAGGUGUGCCGAUUUCUCCAAAGCUCCAUACAUUUUUCAGCGUAUUGAAUGCUGCUUGUGCCUUGCCAAUCCUAGUUUUCAUAUCAGUGUCUGUUCCUCCCUGUUUGUCCACUACACUGCCCAAAUGGGUGAAAGACUCAACUUCCUCCAGUUCCUCCUGGUGCGCCUGCAUGAUUCUCAGGAUCUUUGUCUUCUGUUUAUUGAGUUUCAGUCCCUCUGGCACUGAGGCAUGAUGCAGGUCAGAUGUUUUUUCCUGCAUCUGCUGAUAGUUGUGUGACAGGAGCGCUAGAUUGUCUGCAAAGUCCAGGUCAUCCAACCGGUACCACAAGGUCCACUGGGUCUCAUUUAUUUUUUGAUUUGUGACAGAGAUCAUGAUCCAGGCUAUAGCCAAGAGUAACAGGAAGGGUGACAGCAGGCAUCCUUGCCUCACCCCAGUCCUUACCUCAAACUUCUCUUGCAACUGCCCUUCAUGAACCACUUUCAGCAAGACACGUUCUGAAUCAGGUUUACGAACUUCAUGGGUACCCCAUAAUGUCGAAGCAGAUCUUCCCAGAUUUUCUCGAACAAUCCAUAAAGCACCUCAGCUAGAAUCUCUGGGUCUACUUUGAGAACCUUUGCUUGAAUCUCAUGUAUGCCUGCUGCCUUGCUAUUCUUCAGCUGUUUGAUGGCCUUCCUGAUUUCUGCCUUGGUGGGCUUGCCACAAUCAAUUGGUAGGUCUUCAUCUGCUACAAAGAUGUCUGGUGUAUUUGCUGGAGUUAGUCUGUUAAGAAGCUCUUCAAAGUGUUCUGCCCAGCUACUUAGAUGCUUAUCUGCACACAUCAAGACACUUCCAUUCUUAUCUUUGACUGGAUGUUCUGUUUAUCCAAACUUUUCUGUAAGCUUCUUUGUUAUGUCAUAAAGCUGUUUCAUGUCCCUCUUGCUGCUGCCUCCUCUGCUUCCUGGGCCAUUCCUCUUAUUUGUUCUGAUGUUUCUCUUUACUUCAGCCUUUACUUCAGCGUUUGCUUCAGUAUAUUGUUCCUGUGCUUCCUUCUUUGCUGCCCUUUCUCGGAGGUGACAAUUGCCUUAACUUUCCUCUUUCCUCUCCUGUAUCUUCCGCUAUGUCUCUACGGAAAUCCAUUCCUUUUGACCAGGCAUUCUUUGACCAACCACUUCUUUGCAAGCAUAGUUAACUGCUCCCUUUAUAUCCUUCCAAUGAGAAUUGAUGUCCACUCCCUCAUUGUCAUUGUGCAACUCCUGUAAGAAUUUGUAUCUGUUGGACAGUGCCACUCUGAAUUUGUCUGCUGUACUCACAUUCCUGAAGAAAUCCACAUUAUGUCAUGCUCUUCUUCUUUCGUGGCUUGUUGCAUUCCUUCUCGACUGAAGCCCUGACUGCCUCCACUUGGUCUCGCAAAGUCCUAGCACCACAAAGUUGUAAUCUGGGUUGUCUUCCCUGACCUAAACAUUGUUUUGAUGUUCCAUGUUCCAAUGUUUAAGGUUUUCCUGGUCGACAGAAGGGUAGUGAGGAUUGCAGCUUUCUUUUGGCUCUCCCUGCAACCUGUCAAUCACCUUCAUGAGGAAAGCCCUUUUUCUCCAAGGACUUGUGGAGUUUGUUGACUAAUCAGUGGUGUUUCUGUAGUGACAUAGUUUUUAUGAGGUAGGGUUGCUAACCCCACGCCCAACCUUCCUCCUUUCUCAGUCGGGCUUAGGACCAUCCAUGGUGGAGUUGACAUGCAGGAUAAUUCAUGCAAAUAAUAACUUAACAUAAUUUUAUCUUUUCCUUUGGAGAGUAAAAAUCACUAACCAAUUCCCAUUGCUAGUUGACAUCUAGAAACCAGAGUGUCUUUAUUUCAUGAUUAGAUGGCCGCCUUGUGCCUUGAAAGCAAUAAUAUUGCAUUAUAAAGAUGUCUGAAGCUGGUUUAACCUAAAUACAAAAGAAAUUUUUUUCCCCAAGCAAAGCCAGAUGUGCGACAAAGAGUGAUGGCUGUCUCACCAGUCGUCUUCAGAACAAAGCUAAUGUUCUGAACACUGGUGUGAUCUACCAAAAUAUACUAGAUAUAUUAAAAAAAAAAUGUUUCUCUGUAUGAAUAAGUAUUUUAAAUAUGACUAGUACUAUUAAGAUAUUCAAAUACUAAUAUUUUUUUCAGGGUAAAUCAUGUUCAGGAUCAGAUCCUUGUGCAGAAUUAUCAUGUUCUUUGCAAAUGGAAAUUUCCCUUAUACCUUUUGAAAGUUUUCAGUGUAUGAAAGCCUCUGUGAAUGUGAAGGAAAUGAAUGUUUUGCUCUUAGAGGGUUUACUUGAAGGUGGACAGUCUGAAGCUGUCAGCAUUCAAAGAGAAAAUAAAAGAAAUGUAACAACUGUGCUAAAACCUUUGACAUUAACAGAAAUUGAGGAGAACAUUUUAAGCCUGCCAAAGAGUGUCAACCUUGCAGUGGACACCAUCAGUAUCACAUUCUUAAACAAGGAAAAUAGGAAGCUUGUUUUGGAGGUGAAGCAAAUAGUUUCUCAUCUGCGUGAAAGCUCCCAGGGUUCCACUCAGUGUGAUUUAAGUGCACAAAUAACAGGGGUAACUUUGAAAAGCAUGUAUCCUUACAAGCUAUGUGCAUGGAGUAGACUGAAGCUUACAUCUAAGCUUUCUUGCCAUUAUGGCACCAUUGUACUGGCUUCCAUGUUUUACACUGAAUCAGUUCAUUAUAACCAUGUUCAAGAAGAGUUCUGUUAUUGGUUGGAAUAUUUUAAGUCCAGGAGAAAAAAAGCAAAAACAGGAGAGGAUUCAGAGGCAAUAUAUGUUGACCAGGAGUACAUAUCAAAGCUGCAUGUAGGUUGUUUGGCAUGGCUUCCAGCAGAACUGGAGGUGACUAACUCCAUAGAGGUGACUGAUUGCUGCACAAGUAUGUUUAUUUCCCAUCCACAUCAGAAUGAGCAGCCUUUGUGUUGUGCAGUGCUCACCUUGCUCACUGGAAAUGUCAAAAUGUCCACACAGGAUAUGCAUCAUGUGAGGACAGGAAGAGAGCUGAGCACCAGUAUAAGGCUAGAAGAUGCAUAUCUGUAUAUGGACAAGAGUCAGAGUUUGUUACCAGAAGGUUCCACCAAUACGUUACUGUCCACUACUGUACAAGACAAUACAUCUCUUCUCCCAAGUUCUUCACGACAUGUCUGGGGUAGAGUGUUAGCUCUUGGAUGCUGCAAAAUUAAGUUUACUACUGAACUCAUGGACACUAUGAAGAUACCAGCCAGUGUUAGGGUGAGUGGUGAAGCGAGCUCAUUGGCUGUGGAGUGGUCACAUGAUGUGUGCAGAUUCUUGCUAAAGUGGUUCAAGCUGAAUCCAUUUAAAUCUUCUGAAGAAGCUGCAAAGGACAUCCGUACCAUAGACCAAAGCAUUGCAGUAUUGGACAUAGACUUUAGAGUUUCUGGAGUCAACUUAUUUUACCUUGGAGUGCUGGAUGGAGGAGUGGACUCUUUCAUGAUGAGAAUUGAUAUGGCAGAAAUGACAGCAACAUCUAUUCCUGAUUGGACAAUUAACAGUGAAAUCUAUGGGAUGAAGCUAUGCAGACUGCCAGGAUUGGAAAAGGUGCCUUUCAAAUGUUGCAUCUCAGCAGAAUUAGAAAAUGACCUCAUUAGCAUUCCUGUUGCUUCUGUGUCACAUUCAGGCCACAAGACAUGCUUGAUAUCUGUUAAAGAAGUGACAAUAAACUGGGACCCCACUGUACACAUGGCCAUCCAUGACAGAAUAACAGAAGUAAUUCAGGAUGGCCAAGAGCUGAAAGGACAACAUCAAUGUCCUUGUGUUCUUCUUCAUUGGCAAAAGUCCAACCAUCUACAAUCUCCAAUGCAUCGGCACCUAAGCACGCGAGUAAUGUCGCUGUCCUCUCUACCUUCGGUUGUUUUACCAGCGAUGCUGAAAACAACCUCUGUGACAAGUUCGCACACUGAUUCUUUAUUCAAUAAAGGAAACAAACCAAUUGACUUUACCUGCAACAUUUCAUGGUUUAAACUGCAAAUGCAAACAUCACUCAAGACAAGCUUUGGUGUAGAGUGCAGAAGUUGCUCAUUGUCAAUGGAUCGCAAAUCAUUGGAUGUGAAAUCUGAUCACACUGGUCUACUCUUUGAUAAUCUUUGUUUAUUUAAAUUUGAGACAAUUUCUGUAAAGAGACUUGCACAAGUUGAGGAAGUCUUAAGAGUGAGACAACAAUUCAAGCAACUGGAAACACUAAGUAACACAACAUGGAUUGUUCAGGUAGAAAUGCUACAAGUUCAUUUUCCCUUCCAGUACAACUUUGCUGCCUCUAGAGAUGAGCUUGUCAAUGUUUUUAAGAUGUUAAAGUCUCUUCAUAGAAAACCAAAAGAUGAAUCUUACAAGGAACCACUUCCUGCAGAUUUGUGGAUCCAUUUAGAGAAUAUAGCAUUUCAGAUGGAAGAUGAUCCAUUUGAAGUCAAGCUAAGGGACAACUAUGCUCUACUGUUAGAUGAGAUGGAGCAAUGGAAUGAGAGACAACAGCUAUUAGCAGCCAAGUUGGAUGAGAUUCGAAAGAGACCUGGCAAUUUGUUAACAGUGAAGAAGGAAGAAGAACUUAAGAGGUCCUUGGAGGAAAAAAAUUCUCAAAUCUACAUUCGUAGGUCACAGACACUGUAUGAGCAGACUCCAAUGAGAACUGCUCUGCUUACCUGGGAAUUCAAGAGCUUGGAUCUCAUAGUGUUGGCAGAUGAGUCUUAUCAUGACCAGGAAAAGGCAGUGGAGGUUAUGAAACAACUCAACAGUGACAGCCCAUACCCAGCCUGCCUCAUAUUCACAACACUUUGGUGUCGUGCAGUUCAAGGAAAACUUCAGUCACAUAAGUGCUGUCUUAGGGAUUUCCCUCAAGCCAUAUUUACUUCACGUUCAGUGGAAUUAAAGGGAAUCCUCCUUGGUGCAGAACAAAAGCCUGCAGAUAGAGCUAAGAGAGAAGCCACAGUGGAAAUUGGCAAGCCUUGGAGCAAUAUAACAAUUUUACGGAGCUUGAGUUCUCUCAAGUACUUUUAUGAUCUAAAGUUUGACAUUGAUACUAUGGAGAUGGCUUGGGGUGUGGACAUUGAACCUGUGUUGGCAAUGUUGUCUUUGGCAUUUGAAAAUUUGAGUUCUCCAAGUCGUGAUGCAAGCAAACCUCUACCUUUCUUUGACAAGAUCCGUCUCCUUUACCAUGGUCGUGUCCAUUUGGCUAUUAAUGAAUGGUACCUAUACUUCAGUGCAUCCAGAAAUCCUUAUGAUACCACAGAGAGGAUGCAGUGGGAGUGGAGACAAGCUAAAUUUGACUGGACCAAUGGUCGGAUUGUCGUUGAAGGUGAUUUUGACUUGCACACUAGAGCAGCAUCAAAAUAUGAUGAUCGGCGAGUUCUACAUUUGCCUGCAUUGAAGUUGUGUACUAACAUGAAGUGGCAUUGUCAAGGAGAUGCCAAUGAUCAUCACUCAGUUAUUCAGUGUGCUCCAGACAAGAUUCCACAACUGGCUCCUAACCAAGUUCAUGACUCUUAUGCAGCUUUCAGGUCUCAGAACCUUACUUUGGACAUUUCUCUAGAGACAGGAUUGUGCAGUAGAAAGGAUUAUUCUCAGAGUGACCCACCUACAUUGUUCAUGUUUGCCAGUACAUUUAGAUGGCUUCAAAAAUAUCAGGCUGUGGUAUUGUGGUAUGUGUCACGACCUAUCAAGAGAGGAACUUAUUUCCGGCGUGACCGAGUGAAGAAGAGAUCACUUGGAAGACAUUAUAGGGAGAUCAGCCUGUCUCUUCAAUUCCCUGAAUUCUCUGUGUGGUACUGGGGUUCAUUCACUCAACAGCGAGGGUUUGAGCUGUCACUGGGCAGUGGUUACUUGGAGACCACUUACGGACUGACCCUGCGACAGUACAGUGAUGGGCUAGUACGGAGACCAGCAGCAAAUUGGAGUGCAGCAAAACUACGCAGUGAACUUUUAGAUGUCACUUGUCAUUUGUAUGGUUUGGAAGAGGUGGAUGGGAAGGAAAGUGGUGAUGAGUAUGCUGAGGUGAGUUCCAUUGACUUGGACCCUACAAAGUACUAUCUUCUUGCAGCAGCCAGAUUAGAGUACACACGUCAAGAUAUACCUGAAAAGCAAGAAACACUUGUAGAUGGUCCAUUACCUGAGUUACAGAAUUACAAUCAUCGGCUUGUGUGUCAUGAUUUAAAAGGGGCCUGGACACUAACCAACCAUCGUAUUGCAUUUGGUCUGUUUGAAGCUUACACCAACGCACAGGUCCUAAAGAAGAACCUUUCUUCUGAUGCUCUGAAAUUCACAAUUGUGGACAAGAAAGAAAAACAGGUUGGUGAGAAAGGAUCACUUAAUUCAGCAUUCAAAGCUCAAUCAGUAUCAGUUACAAACAUGUUGGAAAAGCUCGUCAUGGAAAAGGAACUAAAGUUUGUGGCAUUUGCUGAGGAGGGCACUGGUGAACAUGAACAGAUUACAGAGACCCAGCUCCAUGGGGUAGCUUUGAGCACAGUAAAUGAUGUCGUGGAGGACAAAUGGCACAUUGCACUGGUGAACUCGCAGAUUGUUCUAAAAGGGAUUGAGUCUGAAGGAUGUGUACUUGUAGCUGCGGGUAGCACAAGGAUACUGAACAGACUGCAUACCCCUGUGUGGAGUGAGGGAGAGCUCUUCAACAAGAAAACUUGGGUGGGAAAUGUAGAAAAUCUUCAGUACUUUGCUACAGUUGGUGCAGAGGAUAACAUUGGUUUAGACAGUACCCCAUGGCUGAGCACCUCAGUUAUAACAGGUCGACAAGAUAAGAAUUCCUUUGACAUUACUGAGCUGGCCAAUAUUGUGGGUUCAGGUGAGGCUGUUGGGGGCAUGGUGAAUGCUGUUGUUGGGAGUGGUGCUGGACAGGAACCUACUCAGUUACAGAGGAUCGUGGCACGAUGUAGCUGUGAGUUCUACUUUGUUAAUUUCAACCCAGACUUGGAUCCUGUUGCAGAGGAGCACGUACAUGAAGUAGUGCCCCCAUCACCUUCCAGCCACCUUCAAGAGGAUAGCCAUGCUGCAGUAAACACAUUCACCAUCAGACACAAGUUAUUAGAGAUCUCUACAAACUCGGCGCAGUACGCUAUGCUUAUUGACAUUGCUCACAAUGUUGUAUUGUACACAGAACCUAAAAAAAAGGAAGCAUUUGACAGACUUCAGAGAAUGAGGUUCCAAUUGCGUCUUUCCACGUCUGAAGAUCAGAGAGCACAAAUUCUUAGACUACAGAAUACUGUUAGGUCUCGUCAAACUGACAUGCGACGACUAGAGCGAGAGUUGUAUGAAGUCAACUUGCUAAGGAAACAAGCAAGCGAUAAUCAAGAGUUGACUGAUGCUGUUAUUCAGCUAGAGAGAGAGAUCACGCAACAAAAAGAGAAGCUGAAUUCAUCAAGCACUGAGCUGAGAAUAAUGAUAAGUGCAUACAAGGACUUCUUGAUGAAUUUGAAUACACCUACACCCGAGAAAGUUCCCACUACAGAGGUGACAAAACUGGCUGAGGUUUACUUUAAUCAAGCCUCCUGGCAGCUGAAUCAGGAAGAUGGACAACUGGCCAUAGCUGAUACAUCUUUGACUAACUUCAGUUACAGGAAAGCCACCCUAAGUGGUGCCACGGUGGAACAUCGUUUAGAGUUGGGACGAUUUCACGUCAGAAACCUUUUGCCUAACAGCAUCUAUAAGGAUGUCAUGAGCCCAUUAGACCUCAGUGGUAAGGGUCACGUAGAUAGAGCAGUGGCUGUUCGGGUAUUCAGUCGAGUGAGGCCUCCAGUUGGAGGCAUCGGCGUGAAGGAGCAUUUUGAAGUGAACGUAUGUCCACUGGCCGUUCGCUUAACAUAUCGCUUGUUCAAGAAAGUUAUGGUGUUUUUCUUCCCUCAAAGAGCACAUGAAUACGAGGCUGAGGUGGGAGAGGUUGACCUCGGAUUUAGAGGAGUUUUUAGGUCCUCCUCCAAGCGGACGGUCCACUUCCCUGAAGCGAUCACCAAGUUCUGUGUCUGCAGCAUCAUCCGAAAGCUCAAUUGAUUCCUUCAGACACAAGAAAUCAAGCAUGACACUCACAGACUCCCCUCCCAUGUCACCUUUAGCCAAGGACAAAGGG